AUUAUUGUUUUUUUCAUUUCUCUCACACAAGCACAUGCUGCCCUAAAAUCCCUACUAGAAAAACACCCUUUCAUCCCCUUGUCUCUCUCCUCAAACCCCCCAAAAUCCCUACCUCUUCCCUUGGAUCUCAAAGUGAACCCACAUUACUCACUCAAAGCUUUGUGAAGCUUUUAGAGGGUGAGAAUUCUAGAGCCAAAACCAAACAAAACACACACACAAAAAAGUGGCAUUUCUUGAAUCAGAUGUCUCAUGUGAGAUGAAGAAGAAGAGUAAUAUCAUCAACUUCCAUUCUUUUCAUCUCUCACUUCUCUUUUUGUUCGUCCUCUUCUGUUCGUCGGAGCAGCAUUCCAUUACCAGCCAUGGAGGUCUUACGGACAAGGAAGUUUCAUAUAUCAAGCAACGCCAGCUUCUCUAUUACCGAGAUGAGUUCGGCGAUAGAGGUGAAAAGGUCACUGUCGACCCAUCUCUUGUGUUUGAAAACCCAAGGCAGAGAAAUGCUUACAUAGCUUUACAGGCUUGGAAACAAGCUAUACUAUCCGACCCUUUCAAUCUCACUGGUAACUGGGUUGGAUCUAGUGUUUGUGAUUACACUGGGGUUUACUGUGCUCCUGCACCUGAUAACAAGAGAAUCAAGACUGUUGCUGGCAUUGAUCUAAACCAUGGUGAUAUUGCUGGGUACUUGCCGGAAGAGCUUGGUUUACUUACUGAUCUUGCAUUGUUCCACAUCAACUCUAAUCGUUUUUGUGGUACUGUUCCACACAAGUUUAUCAAACUCAAGAGACUGUUCGAGUUGGAUCUUAGCAACAACAGGUUUGCUGGUAAGUUCCCUGAAGUGGUUCUCAAGCUGCCUUCACUUAAGUUCUUGGAUCUGAGGUUCAAUGAGUUUGAAGGGACCGUACCAAAAGAACUGUUCGACAAGGACUUGGAUGCCAUUUUCAUCAACCACAAUCGCUUCAGGUUUAACCUUCCGGACAACUUCGGUAACUCUCCAGUUUCUGUUAUUGUGUUGGCUAACAACAUGUUCCAUGGAUGUGUGCCGUCGAGUCUUGGUAACAUGACGGGUCUUGAAGAAAUCAUUAUGAUGAACAAUGGGUUGAGAUCUUGUUUGCCUGAAGAAGUGGGUAAUCUUAAGAACUUGACUGUUUUUGAUGUUAGCUUUAAUGAGUUGAUGGGUCCUUUGCCGGACCAAAUUGGGGAACUGGUGAGCCUUGAGCAGCUGAAUGUGGCUCAUAAUAUGCUGUCUGGGAAAAUUCCGGCCAGUAUUUGUCAGUUACCCAAGUUGCAGAACUUCACAUUCUCGUACAAUUUCUUCACUGGAGAGCCGCCGGUUUGCUUGAACUUACGUGCAUUUGAUGAUAGAAGAAAUUGCUUGCCUGCGAGACCUUUGCAAAGAAGCGCGGCGCAAUGUAAGUCUUUCUUGUCUAGGCCAGUGGACUGCAAUUCAUUUAAAUGUGCUCCUUUUGUUCCUUCUUUACCUUCCCCUCCUCCGCCGUCUCCGCCAAUUCCGGUGCCUUCUCCCCCUGUUGCUUUGCCACCACCAUCACUACCACCACCUCCACCCCCUAUAUCCUCUCCCCCUCUCCCUCCCCCUCCCCCUCCUUCACCUCCACCACCCGUUUUCUCUCCACCUCCCCCUCCCCCACCAGUUUUUUCACCUCCCCCACCACCGCCCUCGCCUCCUCCUCCUUCGCCUCCGCCACCACCACCGCCUGUUUACUCUCCACCUCCACCUCCUCCACCACCAUCACCUCCACCGCCCUCACCACCACCUCCUUCACCCCCACCCCCUACAUAUCCAUCACCUCCACCACCUUCACCCCCGCCACCUACUUAUCCGUCACCACCGCCCCCUUCACCCCCACCACCUGCGCCAAUAUAUUGUGUGAGGUCCCCACCUCCACCACCAAAUUCACCACCUCCACCCCCUCCAUUGUUCUCCCCGCCGCCACCAGUUCCUUACUACUAUAACUCCCCUCCACCACCACAUCAGUCACCUCCACCGCCACAUCAUUCACCCCCACCCCCACCACAUUCUCCACCACCGCCUCCACACUCCCCUCCUCCAAUUUAUCCAUAUUUAUCACCGCCGCCGCCACCACCCCCUGUUUAUUCCCCACCUCCUCCGGUUCACUCUCCACCACCACCUUCACCUCCACCAUGUAUAGAACCUCCUCCACCGCCACCACCACCAUGCGUAGAGUACUCGCCACCACCACCAUCCCCAUCGCCCCCUCCCCCAAUUCAUUACAAGCCACCCCCAUCACCUUCACCACCGCCACCCGUUGUAACAUAUUCCUCACCUCCACCACCACCUCCAGUUAUUUACCAUUCACCUCCACCACCAUCACUGUCACCCCCUCCAGCUCCUGUGUAUGAGGGACCAUUGCCACCAGUAAUUGGAGUGUCAUACGCUUCACCUCCUCCGCCACCUUUCUAUUGAUUCUUUUGAGAAAUUUCCUCCUCUCAUAACCUUCUUCUCAAACCACAAAAGGCAAAAAAAAAAAUUGUUCACAAAAUUGUAUUUGGCUAUCAUCACGGCUUCUUUUUCUUCUUCUUUGCACUUCAUUAUCUCCAAAAAAAAAAACAACUCUUCUUUCUCCUUGGGGAGCAAUUCUCAUCGCUCAUUGAAGAAAUUCUAGCCAAAAAAAAAAGUCUACUAUAGGAUUGACCACUUCAACGAAUGUUAUUGAAGAUGGUGGAAAGAAGAGAGAAAGAGAGAUUGAAAGAGGAGAAUUCUAUAUUUAGUAGAAAAUUGUUAUGGGUAUUUGGAGUUGUGAAAUAAAAAUGGCAUGGACAAAGAGAUUAGGUUGCAGAGAAUGUUGUAUGUAUAGAGAUGAAAAUUUCAGAACCAUAAUUUUCCAGGCUUACAAUGGCAGCCGCCGGCGCCGCUGCUACUGCUGCUAGUUUGUGGCUUUUUAUUGUUAUUAUUCUCUUCUCUUUUCUUUUUCUGUUUUACUAUCAUACUUUUGUUUUUUCUUUUUGGGUAUAAUUUGAUGAACACUUUACUUGUAUUUGAUUAUUUUCCAGAAUUCAGUCAUUCCUUUAUGUUCA